UUCCUUAUCGUGCGCUCGUGCGCCCUCGGUAGAGGUACUGAGGAAAGGUUCCCGCGGAGCGUAUUGUGAGCAGCGAGUUCGUUGCCGUAUGCUAAAGUCGAUCCUCCGGAUCGAGGCAUGGCGUCCUCCUUCAUCGGACUCCUUGUUCUUUGUCUGUGCCUCGUUUACGACCAAGUGGGGUGUCAAGACCAAGUUCGGCGUACUGCGGACAUUGUCAUCGUGUUGAAGAGCGAAGACGGAGGAUUACCCAGAGUUGGACUCCGCUCGCGUUGCACUCAUCACAUCGAAUGCGCCCAACUCUACGCAGUCUGCAGCAACCUGACUCAUAGCUGCGUCUGUCCGCGGGGAUACCGGAGCAAUGGCAUCUCCUGCGACUACGUAGCCUCGCUCCGAUCGAGGUCCUUCCCGUUCGCUGCCGGGGUCCAUCGCGCACUACCAGCUGGUCCUGCAGGCGACCCGCCGGACAGCGUGGCCAUCUACAAGGUGACCCUAGUUGUGGCAGCGGUUUUCAUGGUGGUUGUGUUCACCUUCUUCGUCGGGUGCGUCAUUAAAAGAACAUGCGAGCGAGCUCGAGAGUACAACGAGAGGAUGCGAGAACUGUCCACGGACGUGUACACCGUGCCGGUGGAGUUCGAAGGCAUGGAGAAACCGCCUUCCUACACGGACAUUGUCAAGAUCGAUCACAUGCUCUACGGCGUUCCGCCUCCUGACUACAGCACCGUCACAUCGGCGGGUCCGACAGCGAGCCAAGCCGUCCUCCCGCCGCGAACGCAGCCGCUGUCCGCGUUCCUACAGUCGUCGCCGCCCGGACCUUCGUCGGGACAAAUUCGUCUGUUGCCGCUUGGGACGACGCCCGCGUUGGCCGCUGGUUCCGGAACACGGAGCACCUCAGUGCAGACAUCGGAAAGCGCUCAAGACGUGCAAUCCUGAGCGUGCGCCCGUGCGAUGGGAACUGGCUCCGACGAAGGAACUGUGUCAGCCAGAACGGACAAUGCCAAUGGCGAACCCGGUUGGGAAGCCUUGGUCUCUCUGCUCAUACAUCCUGCAAAAGCAUGUUUGCUUCAUGUAUGUUUUGAACAUGUCUACAGACAGCUUUUGUAAGACGAGUGUGACCGUCACACAAGGAAGCCAUCAGACAGUGUCUUCAGACUGUCUUUUGUAUGAUGUAUAAGCUGUAUGACCAUGGCUUAAGAGUAGUAUAUGCUGCCUUUUGGGACGAUUCGUUGAUUAUAUUGACGAGCUUCGACGACGACAUCGUCACCGAUGACGCACCUCUCUAUGGAUCGCCGAUGGUUUGUAUUUUGUUCCUGUGGAAGGCUUUUCACCCAUAAAACAUUCUGUAGUAAGUGGCCGAGCUGAGGAGAGGAGAAGAGAGUUAAUUUUUUCUACUCGGUGUUUGUUUUUUUAGCUAUUUUUCUCGUAGUUUGCAUACAUGUAGAAAGUCAGCCACAGCCGAUCUUGAGCAGGAACGGCACCAAGGGGAGGAGAGGGAUGGCGGGCGCCUCCCCUAAACAUUUGAACUGCCACCCCAGCAUAAACGAGCAUUGGAUAAAGAAGAGGAUAAGUUUGGAUCCCCUUCAUAACUGGA